GUGACUCAAUGUUUUUUCUCUCUACAGUAUUUGGAAUGAGUGGGAAAUCGUGAAUAACACCUUCAUGGCCAUGUGGAUGAGAGGAGGAGACUCCUGCGGAACCAAGAACAGACAAACCAAGUGUAUCCCGUCCUGAUGGAAACUCUGCAGGGAGAAUGGGAUGAGGCUGAACAGGCUCUCCAUGAUGAGCUCAUCACAGAGCAGGUCUACAACAAAACGUUGAAAAAAAUCUUCCAAGAAGCCAGCUACUUCAGAGACACAAAGGAAAAGGAGAUAAAGGAGGACAGUAAAUCCUCUGCAAGGUCCCAGUUUGAUACGUUAGAAAGCUGCAAAGAGGAAUACCAGAAACUGUCUGAAGAGGUCCGGAGACUGAGAGUGCUGCUACCUCAACAUUGUAUUUUGGUAAGCAUGGAUCAAGACAACAGCCAGACUGCCACGACCCCCCUUCAGCAGUGACUGUGAAAGAGAAGGAGCAUCUCAGGUUGGGGGACAG